AUGACCUCUAGAACAACCCUAUAUCGUUCUUCAACGGCCGCCGGUAGGCUUAGAAAAGUCUACCAGCGGCCCUUCGCAGCAGCUGAACAUUUCAAUUGCAACUACUCGCACUCAUCAGCCGACAAACGGUGUCAAGAGCCUGACGCCAUCGAAGCUCAAUUGGACUUCAGAAAAUUUCUCGACAUUCUUCGCUACGAUAACGACCUUGCCGAGAUCAAUGACGAGGUUGACCCGCACUUAGAGGUGGGCGCCAUCGUACGUAGAGUCAGUGAGGUCAACGAUAAAGCGCCAUUGUUCAACAACGUCAAGGGCACCCGCAAUGGAUUGUGGCGCAUGUUUGGAAAUGCUGCUAGUCUACGACAAGAUGAAGUCGAGAGAUUCGGACGUGUUGCCAGAAACCUGGGUCUACCACCCAAGUCAAGCUGGAAAGAAAUAUCAGACCGAUUCAUGUCUUGGAAGAAGGCGGCUCCGUUGCCGCCAAAGGUCCUCCAGACUGGUCCAUGCAAGCAGAACAAGAUGUUUGGCGAUGAGAUCAACCUAGAAGAUUUGCCGGCGCCGUACCUUCACGAGGGUGACGGCGGCAAGUAUUUGCAGACGUACGGAAUCCAUGUUCUCCAAACGCCGGACAAAUCUUGGACGAACUGGUCAAUCUUCCGCGGCAUGGUGCACGAUCAGAAGCAUCUGGUUUGUCUUGUCGGCAGUGGACAGCACAACUCCAUCAUCCGCGACAAAUGGAUCGAGAAUGGGAGCAACGAGAUGCCCUGGGCGCUUGCCUUGGGGGUCCCUCCCAUCGCCAGCAUUGUUGCGUCAAUGCCCGUUCCAGAGGGCGUAUCUGAGAGUGAAUACAUUGGGGCCGUGACUGGAAAACCCCUCGACAUGGUCAAGUGCGAAAUGAGUGACUUACUGGUUCCCGCAAACAGCGAAGUCGUCCUCGAGGGCACUAUGUCGUUCACAAAGAAAGGGCCGGAAGGUCCGUUCGGUGAUUAUCUAGCCUUGGUCUUUGAUAAUGAACAGAAGAUGGGGCCCUUGUUCCGAGUUGAGGCAAUUACCUACAGAGAUAACCCUAUUCUUCCCAUAUCCUGCCCGGGAAAUAUUGUAGACGAGUCUCAUACCACAGCUCAGCUAGCAGCUCCUGAGCUUCUCCUGUUAUGCCAAGAACACGGCCUCCCCAUCAAAGAAGCUUUCGCUCCCGUCGAGACACUAGCAACAUGGUGUGCCUUGCAAGUUGACACGGACAAGUUGAGAGAUAUGGGAACAACCCCUGAAGACUUUUGUCGGAAAGUCGGCAGCAUCGCUUUUCAUAAUAAGAGUUGCAUGCUCAUCAACCGUAUUCUACUAGUGGGAGACGACAUUGACGUGUACGACUGGGACAAGGUCAUGUGGGCUUUUACGACUCGCUGUCGACCAGUUCAUGAUGAAUAUGUGUUUGACGACGUUGAGUGUCAUCCUCUGACUCCCUAUAUGUCUCAGAUUCCGGGUGCAUCUAGAAGGGGCGGAAAGCUUGUUUCGGACUGUCUGAUAAGAUCGGAAUACACCAAGCCCAGGAAUUUUAAACAUGUCGACUUUGAGAGUUCGUAUCCAGAAGACAUAAAACGGAAGGUCUUGAACAACUGGUCAGCCAUGGGAUUUUGA